GAGAGAGCGGGAGGGAGAAAGAGAGAGAAGCAACCUAGUCCACACUCUGGAAACGCAGAAUCAGAGGAAGCCAAGAUGAAGUUUGUCAGCCUGAUUGUGAUGAUGUCACUACUUGGGACAAAAAUGGCUUUGACAUUCCACAGACGUACCGGUGGCGAUGAUGCUCAAGUGUAUUUCCAGGAGGAGACUGCAGAGUGUGACAUGCCCAAAGCCUGUGACCUGAAGAAUUAUGAAGACUGGUACAGGCUGGGCUCCUACUGCAUCAAGUACUACAAGGCUCCUCUCAACUUCACCGAAGCGGAGACACAGUGCAGGUCUGCUGCCCCCGGUGGCCACCUGGUGUCGGUGCAUAACUGUCAAGCCAACGACAACCUGCUUUGCGUGGUGAUGAAGAACAACGCCAAAAGCCCUCGCAUCUGGCUGGGAGGCUUCGAACUCUUCCAGUCUGGUAAGUUUGUGUGGACCGACGGCUCCAGCUGGAACUUUGAUGCAUGGACCCCUGGGGAGCCCAUCUCCCGCUGGACGAGCCGCGAGGACUGUGUGGAGAUGAACUGGAGCAGCAUUGGGAAAUGGAACGACCACACGUGUUUCACCAAGAAGAGCUACGUCUGCUCCUUCAAGAACAGAGUUUGAGGACGAAUAUCCACGCUCACAUACUUAGUAUGAAGCAGCAAUGUAUUGGGCAUGCUUUCUCAGUGGUAUGUUAGUAUAGACUGUGUGUCUGUGUAACACCAACCCAGUCCCCUGCUCUUCUCUUUUGGGUUGUGACGGAAAUGACACCGCUGUUAGGGUGUCAUUUUGGACUCACCCUGCUCCUUUCCCCAAUGAUCCCAACCCACAGAUCUCCCACGGUGAAACCAAACCACAUGGAGAUGUGCCUGCUUUUAGCAAACUGAAAAAUGCAUUUAAAAAAUAUAUAUAAAUAAAGAGUGUUAAGCAAGU